GUUUGCUUCUCUCCUCACUAUCGAUCCCAGUUUCCAGGAUCCGGGAAUGCUCCGCUGCACCUUCAGUCACAAAUCCUCCUAGCGGCUAUGGUCCAAGCUCAGGCUCCCGGAAAGUCGGUCCGCUUGGCUACCGCAUGCACCGAGUGUCAGCGUCGGAAGCAAAAGUGUAGCCGAGAAUGGCCCUGCAAUCACUGCCAAGCACGAAGGAUUGCCCAUCUCUGUAAAUUCACACCGAAGAAGGUGCUCAAGGCCAAGCCUGCCUGUAAUGAUUCAAGGGCGAUAGAUGUGCCCUCGAGAGACAGUGGACAAAGCCUGACGGAAGUUCCGGGCUCAGUCGGAUCGAGCAUCGCCACCGGGGAUGAUUUCCGCAUGCUGGGAUACCUCCCCGAUGACGACGAUCAACUUGCAAAUGGUGCUGAGCAAUAUCAAUCAGCCGCAUUAUCGUUCUCCCAAAGACUCGUAUCGCCCGAAUUGGAAAAAGCAAUUCGCACUAUUCCCCCCAAACCUUAUACAGAUAUCCUGGUACAGUACUUCCUGAGUGAGAUGAAUGACCAGUACUAUUGCCUCUACCCACCGACCUUUUCGCACGACUAUGCGACAUGGUGGUCAGGCAAAGCCAAUGGCCAGUCAUUGACGCCCGCCUUUACAGCCCUGCUGCUGCAUGUUUGCGCAUGCGCUAUUCUCUACCUGGAUGUCGAGGCGCGACAGCAACUAGAAAUCGAUUUGGGCGAAAACUAUACCUGUCUUUCAGAACAAUACCAUAGUACUGCCAAGCAGCUCAGCAAUACCAUUGGUCCAGGCAAAGGUGGAUUGACGCAAGUACAACAACUUUUCCUUGGGGCAAUAUGGUACAAGACUGAAGCAUUAUUUGUCGAAUCAUGGCAUGCUCUGGGAGCUGCGAUCCACGAGGCCCAAGAAUUAGGAAUGCAUCGUAGUUCCUCCAAAGCAAAGGUAUCUGAAUUCGAACGGGAAAUGAGAAGACGGAUAUGGAGUCUUCUCUACACCUGGGACUGGCAAAUGUCACUCCUCUUAUCACGACCAUUCAUCAUCAACAGCAGCUGCUGUUCCUUCGAACUACCCAGCCUACGACUCGAGACCCUCAAUACAGAAACAAACACCCCCUCCCCAAUAACAUCCAUAUCCCUCCAAUGCCAACUAGGACAAAGAAUAUCCACAAUCCCCGGGGUAAUGAGCGGUAUCCUAUCCCCAAACCAAGCCAUCGCAAUCCAACAAGAAGUCAUCCGAUGGACCGACACCUUUCCCCCAAUCUUCCACAUCCAAGACCCCGACACCACUCACGACCACACCCACGCCUAUAUACCCAUGCAACGCCACCAACUCCACGCCCUAGCCCACAUGGUCACCUUCAUGCCCCUCAAACCCUGUCUCACCAUCGACCUCACCACCCACAAUACACCCACCCUCGAAAAGUCCCUUCAACCAACCGCAGUAUCCUGCGCCCUGGACCUAAUGCUCUCGGCUCAGCAACUCCUUUCACAUCUCCUCCCUGCAAACGGCAAGUUCCACUUCGCGCCAUUUCUAAUGUUCGACACGGCUGCGUAUCUCUGCUCGGCACUAAUCCACGAUAAACAUCGGGACCUUCCUCAGCGGGAGAACGUACUCGAGUGCAUAUCUCUAUCCCUGAGUACACUGAAAGAUGUCGGCAGAACGGCCAAAACUGGCGCUACUUGCUAUGCUGUUCUUGCGAAGAUAGUCGGUAGUAUCUCUCUUUCUGCCGAGGAGAAGGAAGUGGUCUGUUCGAAGAGGUCUCCUGCUAUAACGUCUACUACUGAUAGUACUGAUGAUGCGGGAUGUUCUUCGUCUGAAGACAACCUUACCACCAGUGGACAGGUCAAUGGUUUAGUCUCAUCAUUGCUGGAAAGACACAGCCCCUCGGACAGUACACCUAUUGAUAUGCACGCGUAUGCGAGCGGACUAGGACUAGGCGGUCUUCCUAGCACGGGCCUAGACUUGGACCUGGAUCUGAGUGAUCUGAAUCAGAUCUGGGAUUGGGAUAACCUUGGUUUAGAUUUGGAUAUACCCGGUAUUCAAUCAUGAAUUCUUUGUACUUAUGCUAUAUGGAGAUAACAACCAUACUAUCAGCUGUUCCAGAUAGAACUUCUAUCUAGUCGUAAACAACAACAAUACCUCUCUACUAC